AUGGUGGUUAACGAACAAAAGUAUGAUCGUCAAUUAAGACUUUGGGCGUCUGACGGUCAGCAGGACCUUGAAGAAUCGCAUGUUUGCCUCAUCAAUGCGACGUCCACAGGCUGUGAAAUCUUGAAGAACUUGGUAUUGCCUAACGUUGGUCAGUUUACAAUUAUUGAUGGUGAGCUGAUAAGUGAAAGGGACCUAUCUAGCAAUUUUUUCCUAGAAGAAGGUGACUAUGGCAAACUAAGGGCGGCAGUUGCCACUGAAUCGCUCAAGGAACUAAAUCCAUCAGUACACGGCCAAUAUUUAGGGACAUCUAUUGAUGACUUUCUAAUUGAACAUUGUCUGGUCUCCAGUUUCUGGAAUAAAUUCAGCUUGAUAAUAUUCACCUCAUCUUUCAAGUAUAAUGUCAGUUUUCAUAAACUAGUGUCGUUGAUCUACGGCAAAAUCCCAAUCUUAGAAGCCAAUUCCGUUGGAUUCUAUGGCUCGCUUAAAUUGAUAUUCAAUGAACGUACAAUCAUUCAGACACAUUUGAAUGAAAUUCCUGAUCUUAGAAUAGACCUCCCCUGGCCUGAACUUUCUGAUUACCUCAAUGGACUUAACAUUGAAAAAUUAUCCAUCGAGGAGUUGAAGAAUAUUCCAUACUCUCUCCUUCUCAUGAACUUCCGCCGAAAAUAUGUUGAUGCUACUGGUAACGAAAAGCCAACAAGAAAAGAUUUUAAGAAAUUUGUGGAAACUGAUGAGUUGGUUAAGGAUAUAAGAUAUGCUGCUUUAGAAAAUAUUGAGGAAUUGCUCAAAUUUUCUUGGAGGGGUACAACAAGAACUACUAUUCCAUCGACCAUCCAGCAAAUUUUAGAAGACUCUAAUACUUUAUCUUCACCUUUGUCUAGUUCUCCAUUUUGGGUACUAGUGAAAGCUUUGAAACGCUUUGUUAAUGAAAAUGGUUGCUUACCGCUAUCUGGUAAAAUCGUCGAUAUGGCGUCAUCUACAGAGAAAUAUAUUGAACUUCAAAAACUUUAUCGAGAAAAGGCUGAAAAGGAUAAAAAAUUAAUAGAAGAGUAUGCUUCAGAUAUUUCUGCGGAGUGUAUCGUUUCCCAGGCGCUCUUGGAUAAUUUUUGCAAGAACUCCCAAUAUUUGGUUGUACAAAAGGGGUCAAAAGAUUUUGUCAACAAUAAAAUGGUUAAUGCCAUAUUGACUGGUGAUAAUUCAAGUAGGGUAUCAAUUCAGAUGGCAUUUCUUACUCUUGGGGUAUUUUGUGAGAACCAUGAGCAUCAAUAUCCUAAGAUGGAAGAUUUACCAGAAUUGAUAGAUAUUACAGAAACAAGAUUUCUUAACGGGAAUAAAGUGCCAUUAAGCUCAAAAGGUGGUGAUGAGGACUCAAAAUACAUAAAAACCUUGAAAGAGUUCAUCAGAAUGGAAGGUUGUGAGAUGAUCAAUACUGCUUCUUUCAUUGGUGGCUUGGGAGGACAAGAAGCUUUGAAGAUUUUAACCAAUCAAUAUGUCCCAUUGAAUAAUACAUUGGUAUAUGAUGGGAUUGAAAGCUCUAUUGAGAAGUGGAAGGUCUGA